AUGCCUGGGGAGGUGUUUGGAUUUCUUGGCACGAAUGGCGCGGGCAAGACGACAACCAUCUCAAUUCUGUGCCAGGAGUUCCUGCCGACAAGUGGGUCGGCUGCGAUCUGCGGCUACGAUGUUGUUGAAGAGGGAAAAGAGGCAUUGCAGUGCAUUGGCUACUGCCCGCAAUUCGACGCGACGCUUGACCUGCUGACUGUGGAGGAGCACCUGCGUCUGUACUGCGGUAUCCACGGCAUUGUGGAGGACAUGCAUGAAAGCGUUGUUGAGGCACUGCUUCAACUGUGCGACGUCGCCAAGUACCGGAAGACGCUUGCGCACGAGCUGAGCGGUGGCAACCGGCGCAAGCUGAGUGUGGCGAUAUCGCUGGUCGGUGGCCCGCGCGUGGUGCUUCUUGACGAGCCGUCGGCUGGCAUGGACCCUGUUGCGCGCCGCGGGCUGUGGACUACGAUCCAGAAGGCAGCAUCAUACUGCUCUGUCGUGCUGACAACGCACAACCUGGAGGAGGUGGAGGCGCUGGCUGAUACGGUGGCGAUCAUGGUGGAUGGUUCGCUUCGGUGCAUUGGUGACAAGGUACACCUGAAGAACAAAUACGGCAGUGGGUACGAGAUGCAUAUACGCAUUGCUAGGGCUGAAGCGGGUGAAGCAAUUGAACGAUUUGUGAACGAUGUGUUCCCCGGGGCUACACUCAACGAGUUUAGGGGGCAUCGGUUUGUGUACGCGCUGCCACGUGAUACCGCGUUGAGUGACGCGUUCCGCAUUCUCCAGAUGAACAAGGAGGCUCUUGGCAUUACGGACUACAGCGUGUCGCAGACGUCGAUCGAGCAGGUAUUUCUCCGUGUGAGUGGGGAGGAGGUGUGA